AAAAGGGUGACCUUUUUUUGGGCCUCUCGAUUCGCGCGAAGCUGCAGGACGCACACUACCCUGAGGCUGCAGUUGCUCGCUGCGCUUCGAAAACAUGGCAGCGAGACGUUUGCGAACGGUGGCCUGGAUCGGCGGGGGCUCAAUCGUCGCAGCGUACGGCUUCACACACUUCAACGAACUCCGGCGAACACCCGCCGCCGCAGUCGUCGAAGCUGCAGAUCCGAAGGACACGCCAACUCGGCCGCACCUCCCUUUGCCGAGCCGCGCCGCGCAGCUCAAGAGCCUGCGCGAAACGCCCGAAUUCGAUGUUCUCGUCAUCGGAGGCGGUGCGACGGGAGCCGGAGUCGCCUUGGACUCCGUAACGCGAGGUCUGCGGACCGGUCUCGUUGAGACGUACGAUUUUUCGGCCGGCACGAGCAGUCGGAGCACCAAACUCAUCCACGGCGGCGUGCGCUACCUCCAGAAGGCCAUCAUGAACCUUGACAUGGAGCAGUACAGGAUGGUGCGCGAAGCUCUCCAAGAACGCGCGAAUCUGCUCGCCAUCGCGCCCCACCUGUCCAGCCCACUGCCCAUCAUGCUGCCCAUCUACCGUUGGUGGCAGGUACCUUACUACUGGGUAGGCAUCAAGAUGUACGAUGUGGUGGCGGGGAAACAGUGCCUGAAGAAGAGCUACUUCCUCUCGGCCAAACGGUGCCUCGAACUGUUUCCCAUGCUGAAGAAGGAGCACCUUUGCGGCGGCCUCGUCUACUACGACGGUCAGCACAACGACGCUCGCAUGAACGUGAGCAUCGCGCUCACGGCCGCGCGCAACGGAGCCAGCGUUGCCAACCACACGACCGCCGUCGCGCUGCUCAAGAAAAAGGACGAGAACGGGAAGGAGGUCGUGUGCGGGGCGAGGGUAAGGGACAUGCUCACGGGAGAGGAGUUCAACGUGCAUGCCAAGUGCGUGGUGAACGCGACAGGACCCUUUACCGACACCAUACGCCGCAUGGACGACCCCAACUGCAAGCCCAUCUGCCUGCCGAGCUCCGGCGUCCACAUCAUCUUGCCCGACUACUACAGUCCCGACAAUAUGGGCCUACUCGAUCCCGACACGAGUGACGGACGCGUCAUCUUUUUCCUCCCUUGGGAGAACACAACCAUCGCAGGAACAACCGACAGGCCUUGUGCAGUCACGCACUACCCAGCACCUACAGAAGAUGAUAUUAUGUUUAUCCUGAGCGAAGUUCGUCACUACUUGAACCAAGAUGUGGUUGUGCGCCGAGGGGAUGUCCUCUCUGCAUGGGCUGGCAUCAGGCCGCUUGUCGUUGAUCUCAACAAGAGUGUGCCGGGAAAGACGGAAGCAAUUGCGCGAAAUCACAUAAUCUACGUUAGUGACUCGAAUCUUGUUACUAUUGCGGGAGGCAAGUGGACUACCUACCGUGUCAUGGCUGAGCACACUAUGGAUGCAGCAAUCAAGGCCUGUGGCCUGAAACCACAGCAGAAAUCUCAGACCCUUGGUUUCAUGCUCGAGGGCGGUCACACCUGGACGCCGACGUUGUACAUACGUCUUGUCCAGGACUUUGGGCUGGAACCGGCAGUUGCGAAACACCUAUCCAGGAGUUACGGUGACCGUGCAGUGUCUGUCGCAAAGCUGGCUGCGCUCACUGGAAAGCGCUGGCCAGUCCUGGGACGGAGACUACAUGAGGAAUUCCCAUACAUUGAGGCAGAGGUUCGCUAUGCGGUGCGGGAAUACGCUUGCACGGCUGUCGACGUGAUUGGUCGCCGCAUGCGGCUUGCUUUCCUCAAUGUCCAAGCGGCCUACGAGUGUCUGCCAAAGGUCGUUGACAUCAUGGCAGAGGAGCUGAAGUGGACGAAAGAGAGGAAGGAGCAAGAAUUGCAAAAGGCCAAACAGUUUCUCGACAUCGAGAUGGGUGGCGACGUGAACAAGGAGUCGCAGAAGAAACUCCCCAUGACUUUCACGACAGCCGAGGUGGACCAGUACAUCCAGAAAUUCCAGGCCAUAGACAAGGACCGCAAGGGCUACAUCAGUGUGGUUGAUCUGCGUCGAAGCCUCAAGGCUGCGGGAGAGUCUGUGUCGGAACUGCAGCUGCGUGAAAUGCUGAACGAGGUGGAUCUCAAUAAGAACGGCCAGAUUGAGCUUAGUGAGUACUUAGAGUUGAUGAAUGCCAUCAAGACUGGCUCCAUCGCUGGAAGUCGGUUGGCUCAGGUUGUUGACGUGGAGUACUCGAGGACACUGACCCCCGACAGAAGUGGGGGUGGUCUUUAAGUGUGAUUGUGAAGCCUGUAGUUCUCGUUCUUCUCUAUUACUCCGAAUACCGUGUAGAAAAACAAUACCUGCCACUUAUCUCUCUCUUGUGAUGAGCUAUGCCACUUCUCCGUGUGCUCACAGGAAGUACGGCGUUUGUCCCCAUUAGUCCGGGCAGUUUCCUUACCCCCUUUUUACUUGUUCUAUUCUUCCAGAUGAUAACAAGAAUUAUCUGCCAAAUGUCUUAUCGAUAGCUUCUUGUUAGCUUGAAUAAUUCUAUGAGCAGAUAUUGCUUGUCUUUGUAGAUUUACUGCAUUUCUUAUCCCAUGGUGUGUUCUAUAAUCACCUUAUAAGAAGUUUUAUCAGACCCAGUAUUCAGUGCUUUGCUAUGAAGCUACGUAUGUCGAUAAUUGAACCAGGAGGCAGAUUUCCACACUCGAGUGAUAGAGAGCACCAUUUUUCUGCCCCACUUGGUGCAUCUCAAAGUGCGUUGCUAAACUGUAUCCCAUCUGUUAAAUUGGUGCUGCACAUGCUAUCAACCUUGCUCUUUUCGAAAAUGUGCACAUGCUACACCACACUCUUCUACUAUGUGUUGUGCAGUAUUUUUGUACAAGCAUUUUUUUUUUUUCAGUGUGAUGUCCUUGUGCAGAUGUUUGAAGCCACUAUCUAAUUGGUGACACUUUUCUUGCUAUUUAAAAAUGGUUCUUGUAGCACAACUCUUGCUCUACAACAUUUGAUAGCCCGUCAUUCUAAGUGCUGCGAAAUCUGAAAAACAAAACAAAACAUAAGCUUCACAACACCCUCUCUAAACGGCCGUUCACAGGUUUGGUGGCUUGCAUAGUGGCUCUGAAAUAGAAACAUUAAUAUUAGGGCUGAGCCUGUUUGUCACUAGCCGGCGCUGCUUACUUUGACAUCAUAAUUAUCUUCUGCCCACUGUGAUAAAUUAAACAAAGGAUGCUAUCGUCACAGCAGCUUCAGAAACAUCACUCAUUUGUGGCAGUAUUUGCGGAUAUGUCUGUUGCUAGUACCAAAUACUUGUUCUUCGUCUGUGUUGAAAUUCAUCGAGAACAGCAACUGGUUUGUUUUGGAAUGUCGCGCGUAACGCCGUUGUGAUAGCAACUAGUCGUAGGUUGUGAUCCUUGCUUGUCGAAUGCAGAUGGCAUGGCUUUUUUUUGUUAGAUCUGCUUGACCCAGUUCCCAUAGCUUUCGUGAUCUCCUAAUAGUUCAUACAUUGCUUGAAAUUUACUAAUUGGCAGUCAUUAAAUGGCAAGUGCACGUACAGGAAAUCUUCGGAAUUCUGUUGCACACUUAAGGCAUUUAUCUGAUAGGUAUGUGUCGCUUGUCUUGACGCUGGCUGCCAGCACGGGGGGGGGCACACGCUUUAUCAUUUUGCAGCUUGUGUUCAUGCACAUCGCCUCUGGCACUAAGUGUAGUGGGAUGUUCAAGUGUUUUAAUUGAAUCUCAAAGAAUUAGUGUUGAAAUCAAAUAAUGAAAGCUUUGAAGCUGUUAUAUUGUUGCGUGGCAAAGCAUGCAAGGAAAGUCUGGUGCGUUCAUUCUAGUGGUGCUGUGUAAUGCAUCAAUGGGAACCCAAACACCAUGUUGUUUGUUAUGAUGAGAUGUGUGGAAAUGGCAGUUUGCCACAUUUUAUUUCUGAUUAGUGAUCACGUAUUGUUUGGGUUGCGCCUGUCCGUUAUUAUUGCACGCCGUUGUGCAUUGAGAAACUGUGAGUCAUUCGUAUUGUUCCUUUACCGCAGUGAUGCUUUUGCUGUAGUACAUGAGCCUUGCCAUAUAAAAUAAAGUUGACUGCGCUAAA